AAACCAACACGACCAGCGCCAUCACCACUCUCUGUUUCAAGUUCCAUCCCCACAGCUUAAAGCUUCUAUAUAUAUAAGUCUCUCCUCCCCCCCGCGCUCUAUUCAUUAGCCGCAUAUAUACGAAAUGGAUAGAAAAUUAAAUUGGGUGAGAGGGAGAUGCAUUGGGAGAGGCGCCUUCGGGGCGGUGAGCUUGGCGGCGGAGGCGAACACCGGGGAGGUGUUCGCGGUGAAGACCGUCGAUUUGGGAUCGGCGUCGAAGGAAUCGGUUUAUUCGAUAGAGAAUGAGAUUGAAAUUCUGAGGUCGAUCGACUCACCUUGUAUUGUUGCGUACCUGGGGGACGAUCGAACGGAGGAGGAGGAUGCGGGGCGGCGAUUGAUCCGCGCGUGCCGGAACCUGCACGUGGAGUACGUGGCGGGGGGCACGGUGGGGGAGUUGGCGGAGCGGAGGAAGGGGUUGGAGGAGGCGGAGGUGCGCGCGUACGCGCGGCGCGCGGCGCGGGCGCUCCGGUACCUGCACGACGACGCGGGGGUCGUGCACUGCGACGUGAAGGGGCGGAACCUCCUCUCGGGGCGCGCCCCGGGGGCCGCGAAGCUCGCCGAUUUCGGAUCCGCGAUUAGGGUUUCGGAGGCGGAGGCGGAGGCGGAGGGGAGGGGGGUGCGGGUGCGGGUGCGGGGGACGCCGCUGUGGAUGGCGCCGGAGGUGGCGCGAGGGGAGCGGCCGGCGCCGGCGUCGGACGUGUGGUCGCUCGGGUGCGCCGUGGUGGAGAUGGCGACAGGGGAGCCCCCGUGGGCGGCGGAGUGGGCGCGCGGCGCCGACGCCGCGGGGGCGAUGCUCCGGAUCGGGUUCGGGGGCGAGGUCCCGCGGGCCCCCGCGCGAAUCUCGAAGCUCGGCCGCGACUUCCUCGACAAGUGCCUGCGCCGGGACCCGGCGGAGCGCUGGAGCUGCGAUCGGCUGCUGCGCCACCCCUUCUUGGCGGAGGACGGCGCCGCCGCCGCGUCGUGGCCGUCGCCGCGGAGCGUGCUGGACUGGGGCGAUUUCGAGCUCAAUGGGGAGAUCGAUGAUGCCGACGAAGCGAAUUCGGAGGCGGAUUGCGAUUCCGAUCUCGAUUCGAGCAAAUUGAUCGAUCGCGCGAGGGAGAGAGUGAGGGAUUUGGCUUCGGGGGCAGAGUUUGUGGAUUGGAGGAGCGACCGCGACGAAGACGACGAGGAGGAGGACGAGGACGAGGACGAGGACGAGUGGGAGAUGGUGAGAAGGGGGGAGAAAGGGGAGGAUACGUCAGGGGAAUUUGUGGAUUGUCUAGGGGCCGAAUUGGAAGAGCGGGAUGGGGGUGUUGGUUAUGCAAGUUGGGGUGGGGCGUCCAAUGGAACGAGAAGCGCUUUUUCGAGCAGCAGCUGCAACAGUUGCAGCUGCAGCGCCGGCGGGGAAUGCUGCUGCUGUUGUAAGAGCGGGUUAGAAGGGUGUCAGAACUUGGUUGGAUUCAGUUGGGGUUUACUGUAUGGGUUGUUGCUUGAUCAAACAGAUAUUAAUGCAAUUAGACCAUUCCUUCUUUUGGUUUCGCUUGGAGAUCAACUAAUAAGUAGUAAAAUUUUUUAGAUUUUCUUUCAUUUGUGAGUAGUUAUUCUCUAACAACCUGACAAGUGAUUUAGGAACUUCCCGUUGAUUUUUUUAAAUACUGAUUAUGCAUUUGUGAUUGAAUUAACAAUAAUUAAAAUGAUACACAAUGCUGCUAAGGUUUGUAGAAAUUACGACUACUAUUAUAAUUUGAAUUUUUCAAGGCUGAAUGGGAUAGAUAACUAGGGAGC